AUGAAGCACGAGCUUCAUAACUUCACUAUGACCGCUCCGUCAUCAACAACUGAAUACAACGACAACAUCGCAGACAACGGUACCCUGGAUUGGUCAAACGAUACGCUGUGGUUCCAUCCACCCGAUCCACCACCCAUGAUGGUUUGGUUGCCCACUGUCAUUGUAUACGCCAUCACGUUCUUCGUAGGCUUAACGGGUAAUGUUCUGGUCCUAUUUUCCAUCCAGAGAUGUCGUCGUCUACAGAACGUCACCAAUACAUUCUUGGCUAGCUUGGCAACCGCCGAUCUUAUUCUUAUCGUUAUAGUGAUACCGUUCCAGACACCGACGUAUUUUCAGUGGAGAUGGGAACUGGGAGAAUUCAUGUGCAAGGCGUUGUCGUAUUUAACUCUUCUAUCCAGCUCGUGUUCUGUAUUUAUGUUGACAGCAAUGAGCGUAGAAAGAUAUUUGGUGAUUGUACAUCCUUUGUUAGCCAAGUCUAUGAUCACGAUGGGAAGAACCCGCAAAGUCAUUGUUGGUGUAUGGUUGGUAGCUAUAAUAUAUAGCGUACCUCCUCUAUAUUUCAAGAAACAGUUGUCAUGGGACUUUCCAAACUUCACAGUCUACCAUACAUGUACUACCAUAUGGCCAAGUGACGUGUGGGGCAAAGCAUACUCUUUGUAUCUACUCUUUGGAAUGUAUAUCAUUCCCUUCUUGGUCAUGUAUUUCUGUUACGCAAGGAUCAUCCACGAACUGUGGCGUAGCACCCUCAUUUCUCGAAAGAUGCAGAACAUGCCAGAGAAUUACAAGCUGUGUUCGAAACAGAACGGGGGAGGGGAGAGCAGAUAUCUCACUGUUCCGGAAGAGUCUAGUUUGGGUCUCGGUGCGAAAAGCGCAAAGAAUAAACAAAGAAGGUUUAAGAAAAAGUAUAACAGCGAGCAUGCACGGAAACAGCUCAUUUGGAUGCUGCUAUUAGUGGUGUUGCUGUUCAUGAUUUGUUGGGGUCCGCUCCUGUGGUUGAUAUGUCUCAUAGAGUUCGGCUACAUACCUAGAUACAGUCACUUCAAAACUUAUCUGGCCAUUGCGUUCAAUCUCCUUUCUUACCUGAACAGUUGCAUGAACCCUAUAUGCUACGCCUUCAUCUCGCGCACAUUUCGGAAUUGCUUCUUCUGGGCGAUCAAGACGUGCUGCAGAGUUAGUGGUACCCAGGACACCCACCGACCCUCUGCGACCAGUAGCAUCAUUAGCAAAGGUGUGUCGUCCGUGUAUACUCGCGCACUGAUAGAGCGUUCAUCUUUGGCUGACAUCGCUACCGAUGCUGCUACAACAUCUAAGCACGUAUUAGAUACGAACAAAACACUUAGAGCAAGUUUCACCUCGGCUCAUCGUGCACAAAGUACUAUAUAG